UCAGGAACGGUUCACGUUAUUAUUCGGAAAAGAAAAGCAAUCAUAUAGAAUCCUGGUCUUUUCACUUCAUCGUCGUCUCCAUCUAGCGAUUCUGUGCGGGCAGCUCUGUCGAUCUCUCCCGAUCGAUCGGCGACGAAUCGCGAUCCGGAAAACGAAUCUUAUCUGUGGUGGUCUUGCUUCCCAUAUCCUUGCUAAACAUACUAUUGAUGACUGUUCCCUCCUCCCCCAUGAGCUCUACCGUUUCAACGCCACAUGGAAUGUUGCCACCAACAAGGCUUGGUAGUUAUGAUUCUCCUAUUUCUGGGGCUUCCGGGUCAUUUGCACAGCCUGAACAAGAAUUUAAUGACAACAAUGAAACAGAGCUACUAUCCGUGUCUUGGAAUCAGGACUAUGGUUGCUUUGCUGCAGGCACAAACCGAGGCUUCCGUAUCUAUAAUUGUGAGCCCUUUAAGGAGACUUUCAGGCGAGAUUUGAAAAGUGGGGGAUUUAAAAUUGUGGAGAUGCUCUUCCGUUGCAACAUUUUAGCUCUUGUUGGUGGUGCUGCUAAUUCCCAGUAUCCACCAAAUAAAGUUCUAAUCUGGGAUGACCAUCAGAGCCGUUGCAUCGGUGAAUUUGCAUUUAGGUCAGAAGUUCGUGGUGUGAAACUAAGACGGGAUCGAAUUGUCGUUGUCCUUGAGCACAAGAUAUAUGUACACAAUUUUAUGGACUUGAAGCUGCUCCAUCAAAUUGAAACUGCGGCAAAUCCUAGGGGACUCUGUUGCCUCUCUCAGAAUGUGAACGCAUUUGUUUUGGCUUGCCCUGGUCUUCGUCGAGGACAGAUUCGGAUCGAGCAUUUUGGACUUCGUAUGACGAAAUUCAUCAAUGCACAUGAUUCUCAGGUUGCAUGCUUUACCUUGACAACGGAUGGGCUGCUUCUUGCAACAGCAAGUGCUAAGGGUACUUUGAUAAGAAUAUUUAACACGAUGGAUGGAACUCGGUUGCAAGAGGUACGUAGAGGAGUGGACAGAGCUGAAAUUUACAGCAUUGCUCUCUCGCCUAAUGUUCAGUGGUUGGCUGUGUCUAGUGAUAAAGGUACUGUCCAUCUAUUUAGUCUCAGAGUCAGAGUUGCAGGCGAGGACUCUCCUGCACAUUCAGAUGUUGCCCAGAGUCCGUCACUAGCGUGCCAGAAUUCUUCAACUUCGCUUGAUACCCUCAUAUCUACAAGCACCGGUGCCAAUCCUGGUUCAUCAUUGUCUUUUAUGAGAGGGGUUUUACCAAAAUAUUUUAGCUCAGAAUGGUCAUUUGCCCAGUUCCAUUUACCUGAAGAGACUCAAUUUGUCGCAGCUUUUGGAUCCCAAAAUACUGUACUAAUCAUUGGCAUGGAUGGGAGUUUCUACAGGUGCAGUUUUGAUCCAGUCAAUGGAGGGCAAAUGGUGCAGCAGGAAUAUAAUCGUUUUCUGACAAGUGAUAAUCAGCCUAGAUAAGUUUGUCGACAGCAUCUGAACCUGCUCACUCUAUUUUCAAAUUUUAUGUCUAUAAGGUAUAAAGUGUACAUAUAUAUGCAAGGUGCCUUAAUGAUCGCCCUACUUAUUUGGUAUAGAUAUGUUAACUGUAUCUACUUUGUGAUCGUGGUGCAUUAGUAUUUACUGGCCAGUGGCAUAUGUACAUGAAGUAAUCAGUUGAAAGUAUGACUUUAAAUUGCAGUCGCCAAACUUGUAAAUGUGGUUACUCUUUGGCUUUUGAGCAUCAUGUUUAGUCUA